AAAGAACAAAUAAUGCUUGAAUAAAAAUUCAAAGAUUUGCGAACAAAGAUUAAAACAAAAAAAGUAAAGAAGAUUAGUCUCAUUUUAAAAUAAUAACUCAUAGACAGUGUAAUGACUGAUCACUUAUCUAUUCAUAAAGUAUGCUAAUUUCUUAUAUUUUAGGCUUCCAAACUUCACUCCAUCAACUAUUCAUCAGCCAAAUAUAUUAUAAACUUAUAUAAGAAAUUAGGUACUGUAGCUCCUCAGUAGUCAAAGCACAAAAGAAAACCUAAAGUUUAUAUCAUCAACACAUCAAUUUUAGUUGAUUACAAUUCUGGGGAGAUUUUACUAUAUAAAUAAAAUUAAUUAAAAAAACAGAGUCACUAAGAGAACUAAUAGUUAUCUCUGUAGAAAGGAUUGUUAAUGACUUCAAAAUCAAUAUUUAAGUCACUUAAAAUAAAGGAAAAAAAUAUUCCUUCAUUAAAAUCUGAUUAGAAAUAAUUUCCAACAUUUACAGACUUAUCAGAACUAAUAAACUUCAUCUAAAUUCAACAUAGACUGAUGAUAUCAUGA